UCAAAUUGCAACACGAUUCGUGUAUCUUUCAAAUAUCAUGUCAUAACCACUUGUUUUCUGCAGCAUAUCUGCACAGAAUUCUACGUUCAACGCGUCAGUAAAAAGCUAAGUAAAUGCAGAUUCUUAAGAAAAUUCUGAUUUGGUGGUCAAGAUGCACUACGUAGCUCAACUGCCCAUUCACUGCGUAGUCUCCCGACAUGUCGAUGCCAUUUUGAAUUUCGCACAUGAGAUUGAAAUCGUCGUCGGACGUUACUCUGGAUCGAAAGCUCGCACAUGCGCAACUCAUGAUACUAAGAGGGUGGGAGGUUUGAAAGCAUUUCACAUUUCCCUGAUUUUUCUGGCCAAAAGGCUGACUGUUUAAUUCCAGAUGCACCUUUGAUACGAAACAAAGAAUUUGAGGAUUUCCUGAAGAUGUUUACGUUGUUGCGACCCACUUUGGCAAACAUCAUUUGAAAAAUCUGAUACAUUUCCAAGAUUUAAGUCAUUAUAAAGUUACACUUUGGUCGAAAUACCAUUUUUGGCAUCUAAUUUCAACAUAAACACUUAUGUCUUAAGUGUUUGACUCCCCAAUAAAAUGUGUUUUGCAUAUUCUCUCAAUAUAGAAUACAUCGCUUAUGUAAAGGUUGUAGCAAUGACGGGCAAUGUUUAUGGUGGAGGUCAAGAGCGUCGCUGGGGAGCAAAUCCAGAACUGGAGAUUGUUCUGAACAACGGCAUGAGAUAUCGAGCAGAGAUGAAAGGCGACAAGUAUCGAGGUAAACGAUACAAAAUAGAAUUGUACGUCCACAGUGACUUUACACCUCAACUCAUCUGCACUCAUCAAGACAUUAAGGACGUUUAUCUCAAGGCUCGAGGCAAUGACGGAUGGUACGUAGAAUCGAUCGACACCUACACCGCGGGAACAAAUAAAAAGUACAUCAAACUAACCACUGAUCCAGGCUUCAGUAUGUGGGUGGACGACAAUGAGGAAUAUCUUUACCCAUACAAUGCCAAAAAGCACCUCCUCACCAAUGCUGUCGCACAAUCCUGUAUCACGUACAUACGUGUGGAUGCAAUGACGGGAGACACGGUAGGAGCUGGUUUCUCACAAAAGUACGGAAAGAACCACUUGAUAGUACUGAUUCUAUCAAAUAACGAGAAAAUUCAGGCGGAACUUGAAGGCCCUAUGAUACGAGACACACCUUACAUGCGAGAGGUACACUUUGCAAGACGGUUUCAAGCUACACAGUGCGUGUCGUUAUCUGACAUUAAGGAAAUUCACCUACAAACUCAAAAUGGAGGAGAUGACGGCUGGUACAUAGCAUCCAUUCGCACUUCUGCCAAGAGUGGUGACAGGGAGUACGAAGAUCUGACAAAUGAUCCACACCUCAACAAGUGGCUUGAUGCUAAUGAAGAGUACAAGUAUCCUUAUGAUGCAAAAGACAUCAAGCUGACAUGGGUAGAUCAAGAAACCCUCAAUUGUGAAUACGGUAAACCAGCUUGUGAAUGCAGGGCAGAUGUAGAUCUUUGUACAUUUAACCUUGAAAUUGACGAAAUUCGAACCUUCACCAGCUAUCAAAAAUUAUCGGUGGAUGGACCUACAGGAAUUGCUAUGCGAGGAUCCCAGGGAGUAAUCUAUUAUUUCGAUGAAGGUGGGACACCUACGCCACUACAAACAGAUAGAACGUGCUCAACGCAGGACAGCACCAAAUGCACUUAUCCUCAGUUUGUAGAUGGUAAAACGUACCGUUUAGCGAUAGCUGUCAAUGGACAGAUUCCUGGACCUACCUUGAUAGUUCACGAAGGGCAAACUGUUAUAGUUCACGUUCACAACAAUCUUACCAUUGAGGGUAUUUCAAUUCACUGGCACGGGAUGCACCAGAGGGGAACACCUUGGAUGGAUGGUGUAGGACAAGUGACUCAAUGUCAGAUAGAGCCUCAAACGAGCUUUUCAUACAUGUACACUGCUAGUCCUUCUGGGACGUUUUGGUACCAUUCUCACAGUGGCGCGCAACGAACAGAUGGCUUCUAUGGUGCGCUUAUAGUCAAAGAAAGACGUAAAAGGAUGCACCAAAUCCAAACUGAACUCCAAAAGCAUGGUGUCCAUGUUGCAUUUGAAGACCUUCCAGACAAGCACACCUUAACGCUUCUAGACUGGCAACAUGAGGCAUCCUUGGACCUGUUCACAAAGAUCCACGCCAGCUUAGGCUUUUAUCCAGACAAACCAAUGGGCGAGGUGCCUACUCCAGAUGAUGAAAGGUAUGAAUCCACCCGUAGUUAUGAAGAAGGAGAAGUUGGACCUGUCCCGUAUUUUUCUGGAAUUAUAAAUGGGAAAGGCAGGCAUGUUGAUGUUCCAUACAUCAAGACAAGACUGAGCAUAUUUACUGUUGAGGCUGAAAAGACGUAUCGCUUUCGCCUAGUUGGAGCCCAAGGACUAUAUGCUUACAAAUUCUCCAUUGAUGGCCACAAGCUAACUGUGGUGGGUACUGACGGCUAUUGGCUUGAGCCUGUAAAAGACGUCGAUUACAUCAUAAUCCAUACAGGAGAGAGGUAUGACUUUCUCCUUAGUGCAACCAGUACAAAUGGGCCGAAUGACUACUGGAUGCGUGCAGAGACUCUAGAAAUUGAUAUAAGUGGCGCCGGGCCACCCUACCAGUCACUGGGACAUGUGGCAGAGGCUAUUUUGCACUACAAACAGCCGGGGGACUCUGAUGAUCCGAAUGUUAAUGUACCAUCAACACAAUACCAAACAAUCAAAGACAACUCUCCUCCCAUACAGUGCACACAGAAUGCCCCAUGCAAAGCAGUGAACUGCCCAUUUAAGAACUUUCAUCCAUUAUAUUACAUCACCUGUAUUAAUGUUCAAAGCCUACGUUUACUUGAGCCAACUCCACCUGAUGAGCUUCCAAAUGCAAACACUAGAGAAUAUUGCCAAGAUUGCAGACAUUUCAUCAACUUUAAUUUUGAGGGCAACUCUCAAACAAGUUCAGUAAAUGGGCGCAAUUUCAUUCUCCCGUCCUUUCCUCCUCAAAUCGAACCUGAAGAGUUUGAAAAAAAGGACAUAAAGUGUGAUCUUAAGGCCGACUGCAAUCCAUCGACACUAGAGUGCUCAUGUGUCCAUGUCAUAGACAUUCCACAAGGGGAAACUAUUCAACUGGUGCUUUCGGCAAUUGGUGCUUACCACAACGCCCAUCCAAUUCAUCUUCAUGGCCACACAUUUCAUGUUGUUCAUGUUGGCUAUCCAAAAUAUAACCAGACAAGUGGUUUUGUUGGAAAACAUAACAGUGACAUACACUGCGAUGAUAUUGACUGUACUAAAGAGGGCUGCGACAAAAGGAGAUGUACCAGACCAAGUUGGAACGUACCAAUGCACUUUUACAUCGAUAGCCAUACGGUUAGAAAGGACACAGUUAUGGUUCCUGCUGGAGGGUACGUGGUUAUCAAUUUCCUAUCUGAUAAUCCUGGCUUCUGGUUUCUUCACUGCCACAUAGAGGUGCACCAACUCGAGGGGAUGGCAAUGAUUGUCAAUGAGACUGAUGGCAGACCGAUGCCACCACCCAAAGGGAUGAACAAGUGUGGAGACUUCGAGAUCAGUGUCGAAACGUUUCGCUCGUACAGCUCCAGUGUGAUCCAUUAACUAAAAAACUGAAGGUGUUAGCAUUGUCAGCAGCUACUGGACUGAAACAAAAGAUAACUGGAAAUAAAGGUAAUUUAAAGCACUCCAUAAGAGAGUGUGUGGUAACAGCCCUACUUCCAUUCAAAAAUUAAAUUAGGGGCUCGUGUUUUCUAUGAGGUGAUAGUGCUUGACUGGAGGGCCUUCAUCUUGAGCGAAUAAUCUAAUUGUUUUAGUAGAAUUCUAACUGAAAUAUCCUUUACUAGUAAAAACCGAUUUCGAAUUAUUUGUUAACAUAGUAUUGAAGUUCUAGCUUUAGAAAAAUCGCACGAAUUGAGUUAUCAUUUGAAAUUUGCAGCUGUGUACGUGCGCAUCAGUUUUUUUCAACAAUUUCGAGAUUUUAACGUCAAUUGCAAGAAACCGUGUAGUCUUCUAAGAAAUUGAAGAAUCCAGUUGUUUGUAAAUUUUCCUUCGAAACGUCGUGAAAACGAGAAAACGAGAAAACGUCGCUACUCAUAGAAAACCGCUAGUGUACGCUAAUUAACGAUUAGAUUAUGCAUGAGCUCUCGAUUUCUAUCACGCAUAGAAAUCGAGAGCGAAUAAUCUAAUUGUUUUAGUGUAAAUCUGGUUGUCGUUCACAGCUUUAGUCCAAAUCCUCUUCAAAGACACUUCGAAAACACAAUGAAGCGGUCCUCGCGCACUCUGCUGGGCUACGCACUAUCUAAUUAACAAUUAGAUUAUGAGCUCGAGAUUUCUAUCACUUACAGAAAUCGAGAGCGAAUAAUCUAAUUGUUUC